AUGGAGGGCGGCAGACUGAAGAAAGGGGGGUCCGGUUAUGAUAUCAUUGUGAUACACUCGAAUAAGACCACUUGCACCUUCAAUGUGACUGAUCCGGCUCUGUGUGAUGCUUUGAACUUCUGCACAGAUACAGACAAAUGUACCACCGAGUCAUCCAAAUGUUGCUGUAAAGAUGGAUAUGACCAAGGUGAAGUCCAGGAUGAGGGUGGAGUGUCUCUGGAAGAAGCAGAACAAGAGCUCCAGAAGACGACAGAAAGGCUCACUCAGGCACUCACCAAUUACAGUGCCAACUCUGAACGAGUGGAGAAUGGACAGUUCAUUACAGAACUUCUAUACACUGUGGAACAAAAUGUUCUGAUUUCCUUUCUGAGGGCACCAAGGACUCAGCAAAUUAACACCACUGAGCUAGAUAUUACCAUGAAGCCUUCCCAUGACGUCUGCAGUCAUGGUGUCCAGUCCUUCUGCCUGGUCUCGGCUGACAAUAUUAUGGCGGUGCCCUGUAGCCUGGUGCCCGGAGACAAAGAUGGUGCUGUUCUGAUCACCUACACAAAGUUUAAUUUCCCAUGUAAUGGAAGUAUAUUAUUCACUCCACGAGUUAGCAGAUGGGAUGACCAGGUGGAGUUCAACUCGAAGGUGGUGUCUGGAGCCAUCACAAACUCUAAGAGCCAAAAUCUGAACUCCCCCAUUAUCUUCAGACUUUACCAUCUGCAGCCCUUACAACCCCUUUAUAAGGUCACCUGUGUAUAUUGGGACCCUGUAAGGAAUGGCUGGUCAGAUGAAGGCUGUGACACGGGACAAUCUGAUGGCACAUACACCAACUGCUCCUGUACCCACCUCUCCAGCUUUGCACUCCUCAUGGCUCUGGAGGCUCCGGAUAAAAUCCAGGAGGAUUCUAUUCUCACCCUUCUCUCCUACAUUGGCCUGAGUCUGUCUCUUCUCUGCCUGUGUCUGUCUCUGCUCACCUUCAUCCUGUGUCGGUCUCUGAGGAGCUCUCAUACCUCCGUCCUGACAGCUAUGAGUGGAUGCCUCUUCCUGGGACAACUUUUGCUUCUGGUGGGAAUCCGCCAAACCAGGAUUAAGCUCCUUUGUGCUUUUAUUGCCGGUUGUCUCCAAUUCUCAUUCCUCUGUGCCUUCUGCUGGAUGUCUAUUGAGAGUUUUUUGCUCUUCAUGACUGUCCGAAACCUGAGGGCUGUCAAUUACAUGGCCUCCCGAAAAUCGAACUUUCCGCUUAUGUGUCUUCUGGGGUUCGGUAUCCCAGCUGUGAUUGUGGGAAUUACAGCAGCUGUUCAUCCACUUGACUAUGGAACAGACUCAUAUUGUUGGAUCAAUCUUGACAUUAUUUGGAGUUUCCUUGGUCCAGUCUGUGGUUUUAUCAUUACAAACACGGUUCUGUUGGUCUUGACUGUUCAUCUCCUGAGAAAGAGGCUGGCUUCUGUAAAUAAAAACGUCUCCACUCUGAAGAAUACCCGGUUACUGACCUUCAAAGCUGUGGCCCAGCUCUUCAUCCUUGGCUGUACCUGGGGUAUUGGCUACUUCCAGUUUGGACCUCAUUCUCUGAUCUUUUCCCACCUCUUCACUAUCCUCAACAGCAUCCAGGGAGUGUACAUCUUCCUUGUACACUGCCUGCUCAAUCAACAGGUCAGAGAAGGUUACUGCAGAUUGUUCUAUAGAAUUUGUCCUCACAGGAGGCAGAAACCAGAUAUAUCCACCGCGGGUAGCCUCCAGAAAGCCGCUAGAGAA